AUGGAGAGAAUUGAUACAUUCAUUCAACGGCCCAAAACUGUCGAGGGUUCAUACUACAUCCCACCAUUAUACGUCCUAGAGGCUGCAAAGUUUCAGGCCGAGAUUGAUGAAACCAGAUUGGAGAGCCAUGAUAUAGGCCAGGGAGAAGGCAUAUCCAAAGGCUCAGCAGGGGUCAAGCAGCCCAUAUUCAAGUGGCCGAUCAAGGAAAAUAUCGAUGAGUCAGUCGACGGCUUUCCGCGCGCAAUUGGACCUGAAGUAUCUUCAGAAUACAAACCCACGCCGAAGCAGCAGAUGAGGGCUUUACUGGCGCAUUUGCACUACAAACUCAUCUAUGCUUCAGGCGCGUUCGUUGCACAACAUUACAACAACUUGCCACUGAGGACAAAGUCAGAUGUGGAGAAGGAGAUUACCAUCCUGCAUGAGAGCCACUAUCUUAAUAACCACAUAUUCGCUCUCCUGGUUUCCUUUGUACAUCGCUUGAGCCACGUCCUGGGGUGCUUCAUUGACGAAGACUAUGAUUGUAUCGUCAAAGGAAAGGUUUGGGCAGCAACACAUGCUGUAGUACAGACAUUUAAGUCUCCUUACAAGGAUGUCCUCUUCUCAUUCCAUUGCAGCGUCUUUGUCAUUCCGCUUCAUACCAUCACAGAUCGGAUCCAGAAACUACGUGAUGGAUUAUUCGGCGUUGAGAAACUCUAUAUCCCACGUUCUAUAGAAAAAGUGUUCCUUACGACUGUGCUACUUCGUAUGAAUACAUCUCAAGAGGCCUCCAGACUUAUGCGCAAAAUCGACCAAGAAGGUGGUGACAGCAGUUCAGCGUCGCCUAGCCCUAUACAUGAUGAGCCACCAGAUCAACGAUCGGCUUUAGUUCAGUCGCAAACAGAGACGGCACCUUUCCAAGAGCGGGGGACACAGACAGAGUCACCUAGUCUGAGUACCGAUGAGGAAGAUACUCAAGAUGACAAUGAAGAUGACUGCUCUACAACAUCUACAUCUUCGACGAGCAGCCUACGACUUCGUGAUCCCGAAAAGGCUUUUUCGAGAGUAAUGUGCCUCCAGGGCAAUCUGAUUCUUGAUUAUCUCGAUGGCGCACAAGACGAAUGCUGCGCAAUGUUCAGCCCGGAAAACGAAGAGGAAUCUUCCUACAACGGGAUAGACCGUGGAAAGAUCAUCGCUCUUGUGCUGCAGUCUGUGCUGCAGGGCCAUUCAACAUGUGAAUCCAUACCAAAAUUGGAUGUUGAAGAGAUUUAUGUGACAUAUACCACUCACUUGCAACUCAAAGCAUGGAGUACACCUAGCAAAAGCUUGCUCGUGGACGUGAACCUACUACGCGAAGAGCUGGGGAUAAUCAUCAAGAAUAUCUCUAGUCAGCUAUCCGUAAUAAAAGGCCUACGCAAGUCCAGGUAUAUCGCUCCUAACUAUGGCGGGAGUGACACAGGUUCCGAUUCUGAGAGUGGCAUGAGUAUGACGAUAUGCCAACGCGUCGAGAUCAUCCAAGAAGACCAUGGAAAAGCAAUCCUCGUCUUUACCAUCGUCGCGACAAUCUUCCUACCCCUCUCGUUUGUCUCGAGCUACCUCGGCAUGAACACAGCGGAUAUCCGGGAUAUGGAACCGAGUCAAGCGCUUUUUUGGGAGGUAGCUGCUCCGUUUACGGCUGUUGUGGUGGUUGCUGUCCUCACGGUUGCAUACAACGUGAAUCGUAUUAUGGGCUGGAUACGUAGGACUGGCGCUACAUAA